AUGGAGUCUGUUAUAAAAGUUUCCAUGACAGUUUGUCCUUUUGUUAAAUCAAAUUCAAUUCAAACUUUAAGAACAUUAAGUAGAAGUUCUGGAGGAUUAGCUUCAAGAGCUCGUCAAUGUCCUUAUAUGGCCAAUGUUUUAGAAGCUCAAGAAUUACAACAACAACUACAGCUAGUACAACAAGAAAGGACUUAUUCUCAAGCUUCAAAACCAAGAAGAGCAAGUGUUAGUCGUUCAACUACUUCCCAAGUUGUACCACCUACUCCUCCAUCUUUUAUUUCAUCAUCACCUUAUCAUUUUAAAAAUGAAAAUUUAAUUGAUUCAAAAUAUAAUCAAUUUCAAUCUAAUGAAAAAUCAUUUGAUUUUAAAGGAUUUUUAAAUGAUGAUUUAAAUAAAAAAAGAUCAGAUAAAUCUUAUCGUUAUUUUAAUAAUAUUAAUCGUUUAGCAAAUGAAUUUCCAAAAGCUCAUCGUACUAAAGAAGAAGAUAAAGUUACUGUUUGGUGUUCAAAUGAUUAUUUAGGUAUGGGAAAAAAUGAAAAUACUUUAAAUGAAAUGAAAAAAGUUUUAGAUAAAUAUGGAUCUGGUGCAGGUGGUACAAGAAAUAUUGCAGGUCACAAUUUACAUGCAAUAAAAUUAGAAUCUGAAUUAGCUGCUUUACAUAAACAUGAAGCUGCUUUAGUUUUUAGUUCAUGUUUUGUUGCAAAUGAUGCAGUAUUAUCAUUAUUUGGUCAAAAAAUUAAGGACCUUGUUAUAUUUUCAGAUGAAUUAAAUCAUGCUUCAAUGAUUCAAGGUAUUAGAAAUUCAAGAGCUAAAAAACAUAUUUUUAAACAUAAUGAUUUGAAAGAUUUAGAAUUUAAAUUAUCUCAAUAUCCAAAAUCUACUCCAAAAUUAAUUGCUUUUGAAUCUGUUUAUUCAAUGUGUGGUUCAAUUGCUCCAAUUGAAAAAAUUUGUGAUUUAGCUGAAAAAUAUGGUGCUAUUACAUUUUUAGAUGAAGUUCAUGCUGUUGGUAUGUAUGGUCCUCAUGGAGCAGGAGUUGCUGAACAUUUAGAUUUUGAAGCUCAAUUAAAACUGGGUAUUGAAAAUCCUCAGGAUGUUCAAACUAUUAUGAGUAGAGUUGAUAUGAUUACUGGUACUUUAGGUAAAGCUUAUGGAUGUGUUGGUGGUUAUGUUACUGGAAAAGCUAAUAUGAUUGAUUGGUUUAGAUCUUAUGCUCCUGGUUUUAUUUUUACAACAACUUUACCACCAGCAAUUAUGGCAGGUGCUUCAGCAUCAAUUAGAUAUCAAAGAUCUACUUUAAAAGAUAGAAUUUCUCAACAAAAAAAUACAAGAUAUGUUAAAGAUAAUUUAAAUAAUUUAGGUUUACCAGUUAUACCAAAUCCUUCACAUAUUGUACCUGUAUUAAUUGGUAAUGCUCAAGAUGCUAAAAAAGCAUCUGAUUUAUUAUUAGAUAAAUAUAAUAUAUAUGUUCAAGCUAUUAAUUUUCCAACAGUACCAAUUGGUGAAGAAAGAUUAAGAAUUACUCCAACACCUGGUCAUAAUAAAGAAAUUUCAAAUCAUUUAAUUGAAUCAAUCGAUUCUGUUUUCAAUGAAUUGGAUUUAAAAAGAAUUAAUGAUUGGUCUCGCGCUGGUGGGUUAUGUGGAGUUGGUGAAGAUAACCACUCAAUUGAUCAUAUUUGGACUGAUAAACAAUUAUCUUUGGAUGAUUCAAAUUUAAAUCCAAAUGUUUUUGAACCAAUUAUUCCACCAAUUGGUGUUUCAUCUGGUGUCAUGGCUUAA